UCAAGACUUAACCUUAUCCACUGAUUGGAAUUGAAAGCUUGAACAUAAUAGCAGCGAUGUUUGCAAUGUAACAUAUAUUUCGUUGUGCUCAUUUUUGCUAUCCAGACUACAGCAAAGUUAAAAUCCACCGUUCAUACGUCUUUUGAGUGUAAUCUGAUCCCACAAGCUCUCCAGUAAUUACAAAGCAGGACUGGAAAGCAGUAAAGGAGAUUUGUCAUUACGUCUGCCCAAAUAUAAAGGGAGGCGAAGGGCGAGGUCUGUGGAUUCAGCCGCAGAGGUACCGUUACACCCUUUAAGGAUUCAUCUGGGAACCGCUCAUGGACCCUCAGGGAGGUCAUUAUCUGAACAAGGCAGCGGUGCUGUCUGGACUCGGUGCCGCCCGUAUGUGCCAGCUAAUGUUAGGGUGCACCACCAUGGCCUUGGUGGCUCACAGCGCGGGCUUCAGCGCCACGUACGGCACGUACUGCAUGUUCGUCUGGUGCUUCUGCUUUGCCGUCUCUUUGGUGGUCUUCACCCUGGAUGUGACCAGGCUGCACGGAUGUAUGCCCAUCUCCUGGGACAAUUUCACGGUGGCCUUCGCCAUGCUGGCCACUCUCAUGUACGUCACGGCGUCCGUGGUGUACCCCGUCUACUUCCUCAGGUCCGAGUGCCCGUCCGAGGGCUGCGAGGUGCGCAACUACCGCAUCGCCGUCACCGUGUGCUCCAGCGUCUGCUGCUUCGCUUACGGGGCCGAGGUGUUUAUCACACGGGCCAAGCCGGGGCACGUGGUGGGCUAUAUGGCCACUGUGUCGGGUUUGCUCAAAGUGGUUCAGGCCUUUAUAGCCUGUAUCAUUUUCGGCGCUUUGGCCAAUGACAGCGAAUACAACCGGCAUGUCCCCACACAGUACUGCGUAGUGGUGUACAGCCUUUGCUUUGCCCUGACAGUCGUAGUGGUGGCUCUCACUGUUUCGGGGAGGACGUCCGCCCUUCGCUUCCCUUUCGAUCGCUUCGUGGUCGUCUACACCUUUCUGGCCGUGCUGCUGUAUCUGAGCGCUGCUGUGGUCUGGCCCGUGUUUAGUUUCGAUAAGAAGUACGGUACGCCGGGGCGACCCGAGGACUGCCCGAGGGGAAAGUGUCCGUGGGACAGCAAACUGGUGAUUGCGGUGUUCACUUUUGUCAAUCUGGUGCUGUACCUCACUGACCUGGUGUACUCUCAAAGAAUACGAUUUGUCUCACAUUCAGUUGCGUAGCACCUCCAGUCCAGUGGACAGAACAGCUUUGGACUUUGGAAAAACAACAACUAUAUACUUAUUCUCUAAUAUAUUUCAAAAUAUAAUUUUACAGUUUUGUUGUUGUUAAAAGUUGUUACUUUCCUUUGUUGUUAUCCUUAAAUGAAAUGUAUGUAAAUUCAGUUUCAAAGCAUUCAAAGUGUCCAGAAUAUUCUGAAAGGGCUCUCUGUGAUGUACUGACACAUUUUGUCAACCUAAAAAACAAUUAUCCAGAUUAUAAACUCAAAAAUAGUUCGGAUUAGAGCAUCACUUAUUUUAUGUCUAAAUACAUAAAAUAUAUUUCUUUAUAUAAGAAUGAAUUGUUACUGGUUCAAAUCGACAUGGCAUUACUAUUAUUCAAUUACUAGUAUGACUGGAUUAUGACUUUCACUUCUUACCAAAAUGACGUGUACUCAGGGCCUAAUGCUACGGUAACAUGACUUGUUUUUUUUUUCUAAAAUGUAUUAGUAUUCAUAUUUUGAAGAUAUUUAAAUAAAUCAAAAUAUACCCAUA